ACACUGAGUUACGUCAUCUCUGCUCGUCACUCCCACACGGCGUCAUACGUGACGGCACAGUCUCGCGAGAUGAGGUUUGUGGCGUCGGGAUUUUCUGUAAGGCAGGAGGCAAGGCGGUCGCGAUGAACAGCUCUGCGGGAAGUGCUCGAGUUUUAUAUGAUUUCGCUGCAGAACCUGGAAAUAAUGAGCUCACUGUUAAAGAAGGGGAAGUCAUCACAGUAACCAACAAGGAUGUUGGUGGAGGCUGGAUAGAAGUAAAAAAUGCUAAAGGUGAUAGAGGACUUGUCCCAAUAGAUUAUGUUGAGUUGAUAUCUGAUGGUGCUGUGUCUGCCAGUGCUACUGCAGACCAGGCGUUUUUCGAUUCUCUUUCCACAACCACAUCUCAGAAUUCUGCAGCGCACAACAAUGAACAGGUUAAAAAUGCUGCUGACCCAUGGUCAAGCUGGAAUGAACCUAAGCCUUCUUCAGACAAUACUGGGGAUCCAUGGGGUAAUCAAAAAAACAGUGCAAAUAACUGGGAAUCUAGCUCAGCAUUUGGUCAUCCGCAAGCUUAUCAAGGACCAGCUGUUGAUGAUGAUGACUGGGAUGACGACUGGGAUGAUGCAAAAUCUUCUCCUCCGGGUUACCUUGGUUACAAAGAUGAGUCAUCUGAAACUGGGGCAGCUCAACGUGGAGCUGGGCGCCCUGCUUCCAUGAAAAUGCCUCUUAGCAAAUUUACUGGCUUUGCAAAAUCUGGAGUUGAUCAAUAUCUCAUGGCAAAACAGCUAGCAAAAACCAAAGAAAAAAUUCCAAUUAUUAUCGGAGAUUAUGGCCCAAUGUGGGUCUACCCAACUUCAACGUAUGACUGCAUUGUAGCUGAUCCCCGCAAGGGAACCAAAAUGUACGGUCUGAAGAGUUACAUUGAAUAUCAGCUCACAGCAACAAAUACAAACCGACCAGUAAACCACAGGUAUAAGCACUUUGAUUGGUUGUACGAGCGCCUACUGGUUAAAUUUGGCUUAGCGAUACCUAUUCCUUCUCUUCCAGACAAACAAGUUACAGGACGAUUUGAAGAAGAGUUCAUAAAAAUGAGGAUGGAGAGGCUACAAGGAUGGAUGUCAAGGAUGUGCCGGCAUCCUGUUAUCUCCGAGAGUGAAACCUUCCAGCAAUUUCUUAAUUUUCGGGAUGAGAAGGAAUGGAAAACUGGCAAGAGAAAAGCAGAGAAAGACGAAAUUGUUGGCAGUAUGAUUUUUUCCACAGUGGAGCCAGAAGCCCAAGACUUGGAUAUGACAGAAGUGGAGCAGAAGUGUGAGGCAGUCAGCAGGUUUACCAAAGCCAUGGACGAUGGUGUUAAGGAGUUGCUUACUGUGGGGCAGGAGCACUGGAAGCGAUGCACAGGACCGCUUCCCAAGGAAUAUCAAAAAAUCGGAAAAGCCUUGCAGAAUCUGUCACAAGUUUUCAGCACCAGUGGUUAUCAAGGUGAAACAGAACUGAACAGUGCAAUCACAGAAGCAGGAAAAACGUAUGAAGCUAUUGCUAACCUAGUGGAAGAACAGCCAAGGAAAGAUCUUCAUUACCUAAUGGAAACAAAUCAUGAGUAUAAAGGUUUUUUAAGUUGCUUCCCAGACAUUAUCUCUGCGCACAAGGGAGCGCUAGAGAAAGUAAAGGAAAGUGAUAAAUUGAUGGCAGCUGGUAAAAUUACACAGCAAGACAAAACAAACAUGAUGAAGCGAGUAAGCGUUAUGUCAUAUGCACUUCAAGCCGAAAUGAAUCACUUUCACUCAAAUCGGAUUUAUGAUUACAACAGUGUAAUUCGGGUUUACCUAGAGCAACAGGUGCAGUUUUAUGAGACGAUUGCAGAAAAGCUGAAGCAAGCCCUAAGUCAAUUCCCAGUGAUGUGAAAUAAAUUGUUGAAAUGGACCGAAGUUAAAAUUUUGAAGUGCACUUGAUGAUUUUUUUUUUUUUUUAAAUAUCCCCCUGAACACUGUUUCUAAGAGAAAUCCAUUACAUUGUGCAAUUUCCGGCCAGUGUGUUUACAACUCAUCUUUACACUAAAUGUUUUAGUUUGAAAGGUGGCUGUUGCAUUUCCUUGGGCGCUUUUAUGUCACAGCUUAAGACAUGUAUAGUAGUUCAUAAAAAAUGGGGGAAUUUGGUUCACCCCAUGCUAUCGCUCUUAUCCUGUUCUAAGUAAAGGGAGUAAAAAUAUGUCAGAGCUGUUCCAUGCAGAGGCUUGCCUCCUGUCCUAAGUCCCCUUCAUAUUUGAUGGAUCUACUUUGACGGGUUGUUCUGUGGCUGUUUGUUUCUAGGCAUUCAAAUUGGAUACACUCAAAAAUUGCAAAAGCAGGAUGUUCUUCAGCAUUAAAUGCAACUUAAAUUAAUCUCAUAUAUGCAUACACAGGUUUGUACAACACGUCUUCAUAAAACAUCUAUAUUCAUACGAAUAUUUGAAGCUAUAUAAAUUUCAAAUAUUUGACUUUGCCAAAUGAGAUACAAUUGUGCCACAAGCCUUGUGAAAUGAAUUGUACAUUUUUACAUUUUCGCUAUUACUCGGCAUUGUUACAGCUUUGUUUGCUUCUGUUAAAUUAUGCUCAUUUUUAUCACUCAGGACAAAAAAAAAAACAGUCUGGUAUUACAAUUGCAAUUUAGUAACAUUUUUAUAAACCUGCAAAAUGCCUUAACACUUUAUGAACCCAAAACAGGAUCUGAAGCCUUCAGAGUACAUGUAGUACUGCACAGAUUUUAGUACCCAACAUGGUGGGUACUACUACAGAGUACAUUGUUAUUCCGCUGGUUGAAAUAAAAGUACAGUAGUUGAAAGGGCAUAAUGAUUUUCUAAGAAAUAUAUACAUAAGAGCAUGUGUAUACUGUGCAGUGUGUGUAACAACCAAGAGGUUCUCCUGGAAUCUGGCAUCUGUUAAUAGGCAGUUUUGUUGCUUUCCCAGAAGACCAGCAGCAAAUUAAGUUAUGCAGUUAUGAGAAUGUACAUGCCAUAGCUAAGAGGUUUUCCAUAUAACGGGCUUGUAUGUUAACCUUGCCAAAUGCUCACAUCAACUCUUGCUCACAUCAACUCCUUU